GGAGCCUUCCAGUGCCAGGGGGGGCCCUGCUGGUCCCGGGGGGGGUCCCGGUGCCCCACGGCGUGACCGGAAACCUCCUCCCUUCCCGUGCUGGCGGCUCCACGGGGCACCGCGGGGGGAGGAGCUGGGAAAGGGGGGUCCAGUGGCUCCAGUGGCAUUCCCAGGGUGUUUCCCCCCCCCCCCCAGAUGGUGUGACAUGGCGGACGAGAAGCCCCCCCAGCUGGUGGAUUACUUCGUAGUGGCCGGGCUGGCCGAGGCGUCGCGGGCGCUGGAGGAGGAGCCGGCGCGGCCGGCGCGGCCUGCGGAGCCCAUCACAGACGUGGCCGUGAUCAUCCGCUCCCAGGGCGAGGAGGUGCCCCAGGGCUUCACCUGCAUCGAGACCACCACGUCAGGCCACCCCGUGGACCUCAACGCGGGGCUGCUCAACAACCCCCAGAUGUUCCUGUGCUACAAGCGCGGCAGGGACAAGCCCCCCCUCAUCGAGCUGGGGGUGCACUACGAGGGCAAGGACCGGCCCAAGCCGGGCUACCAGAUCCUGGACACGACCCCCUACAGCCGCUCUGCCAACCUGGCCUCGGGCUCCCCGGGCCACCAGCGCACGUUCCUGACGUUCCGGCGUGCGGCUGAGCCCCCCGGGCACCACAGCCUGGGCGUCACCGACAUCUGCCUCGUCAUGCCCAGCAAAGGGGAGACCACCCCCCACACCUUCUGCCGCGUCGACAGGAACCUUAACACCAGCAUGUGGGGCCCCGCCCUGUUCCUGUGCUACAAGAUCGCCGUGGCCAAGGGCAACACACUGGUCUACGAGGCAGGGCUGUUGGGCCGGUACCCUGAGCAGGACAGCGAGCAGUUCCCGCUGCCCGAGUCGGUGCCUGUGUUCUGCCUGCCCAUGGGGGCCACCAUCGAGAGCUGGCCCGCGGGCACCAAGUACCCCCUGCCUGUCUUCUCCACCUUUGUCCUCACCGGCGCCUCGGGGGACAAGGUGUACGGUGCUGCCAUCCAGUUCCAUGAGGCGUUCCCGCGGGAGCGGCUGUCAGAGGGGCAGGCGCUGCGCCUGGGGCUGCUCAGCGUGGUGGACAAGCGGCCGGUGCCGGGCCGGUCCCUGCACACCCGCAAGAGCAUCUGCGUCCUGUCCCACUGGCCCUUCUUCGACGUCUUCCGCAAGUUCCUCAUGUUCAUCUACCGCUACUCCAUCUCCGGCCCCCACGUGCUGCCCCUGGAGACGCACAUCUCCCACUUCAUGCACAAUGUGCCCUUCCCAUCCCCACAGCGCCCGCGGAUCCUGGUCCAGAUGUCCCCCUAUGACAGCCUCCUACUGUGCCGGCCCGUGUCGUCCCCGCUGCCACUCAGUGGGGCCAGUUUCCUGACGCUGCUACAGAACCUGGGCCCCGACAACGCCGUGGCCCUGCUGGUGGCCGUGCUCACCGAGCAGAAGCUGCUCAUCCACUCGCUGCGCCCCGACGUGCUGACCAGCGUGGGAGAGGCCCUGGUGGCGAUGAUCUUCCCCCUGCGCUGGCAGUGCCCCUACAUCCCGCUGUGCCCGCUGGCGCUGGCUGACGUGCUGUGUGCCCCCGUGCCCUUCAUUGUAGGCAUCCACUCCAGCUACUUCGACCUCUACGAGCCCCCCCGCGACGUCAUCUUCGUCGACCUGGACACCAAUACCAUCUUCCAGAGUGAGGAGCGGAAGCUGCUGCCGCCCCGUGCGCUGCCCCGCCGGCCCUGCAAGGUGCUGCUGGCCACCCUGCACAGCCUGGCCCAGCAGCUAGACGAGCUGCUGAGCGCCCCGGACGAGGCGCCCCCAGAGCUGGUGCUGAGCGCGGCGGAGGGUGUGGGGGCACGGCGGGCGCAGCUGGAGCUGGAGGCGAGGGCGGCGUUCUUGCGCUUCAUGGCCUGUGCCCUGCGCGGGUACCGCUCCUUCCUGCGCCCCAUCGCCCCUGCACCUGCGCCCGCCGAGCGCGACGCCGGCAGCCUCUUUGCCCUGCAGGGGUUCCUGCGCUCCCGGGACCGGCAGUACCAGCGGUUCUAUGGGCAGCUGCUGAAGACGCAGCUCUUCACCCAAUUCAUUGAGGACUGUUCCUUCGCCAGCGACCGUGAGCCCUGUCUCGAGUUCUUUGACACCUGCGUUGACAAGGUGCAGGCAGACCUGGAGAAACCGGAGGACACCCCCCUGAUGGAGCUGGAUGAUCCCCGGGGCGGUGAGCACACGGUGUUCAUCACGCCCCCAGAGCAGCCGGCAGGGCCAGAUGGGGCCGAGCCCCCGGCGCGGUACAGGUACGACGGGUUCCCCACCCUGUGCCCGGAGCUGCUGGAGCCCCCCCGGGACCCACUGGUGGCUCAGCUGUGCCAGGCCCGGAGCAGCGCCCCGAGCAGCCCCGCCCCUCGCAGGACCAAACAGGAGAUGAAGGUGGCGCAGCGGGUGGCUCAAAAGUCGUCGGCAGUGCCGGAGCUGUGGGCACGGUGCCUGCUGGGCCACUGCUAUGGCCUCUGGUUCCUGUACCUGCCCACCCACGUGCGCGCCGCCCCCGCCAAGCUCGGCGCCCUCCAGCUCGCCUACGACGUCCUGCGCCAGAUGGAGCAGCACAAGGUGGUGCUGCCUGACGAGGUGUGUUACCGCAUCCUGAUGCAGCUGUGUGGGCAGUACGGGGAGCCCGUGCUGUCCGUGCGCGUCCUGCUCGAGAUGAAACGUGCCGGCAUCGUCCCCAACACCGUCACCUACGGCUACUACAACAAGGCGGUGCUGGAGAGCAAGUGGCCGGCGGGGACACAGGGAGGGCGGCUGCGCUGGGCCAAGCUCCGGAACGUGGUGCUGGGGGCGGCCCAGUUCCGGCAGCCCCUGCGGCAGCGGGAGCGGCGGAGCAGCAACGGGGACCCCCCGGGUGACCGAGCCCUUCCCCCUCCACGCCCCCCCCUGCAGCGUCAGACCACCUGGGCGGGGCGCAGCCUGCGGGACCCCCCCCCGGCCCCCCGGCUGGUGAAGAGCGGCAGCCUCAGCUUCCCCCGCAAUGAGGGGGGGGCCCGGGGGGAGCCCGGGGAGCCCCCCCUGAUCCCCGCAGCCCCCACCCCGCCCUCGGGGCCCCCCCGGCCGCGGGGCCCCCCCGGCUCUGCCGACGGGAGCCUGUCCGACAUCAGCUUCCACACGGACGAGAGCGACCCCCGGAGGGACGAGGGGGGACCCGGGGGGGGCCCCGGGGGUCCCGGCGGCGGGGGCGGUACCCCGCGGCGGGGCCUGGCGGCCAAGCUGCAGCAGUUGCUGUCCCCCGGCAAACGGGGCGCCCCCCGCCCCGCGGAGCCGCCCCGGGAGCGCCGGGGAUCGGAGCCGCGGGACCACCGGGACACGCCCCCCCGGCGCAGCCCUGCGGAGCCCCCCCGGCUGCGCCCCCGGGAGCGCCCCGAAUCCACGGCGUCCGAGAGCUCUGUGUCCAGUGAACUGGACCUGUCGGACGCCUCGGGGGGCAGCACCGGGGCUCCCAAAUCCACCGAGCCCCCCCCAGAUGGGACAGCAGGGAUGGAGCCCCCUGCCCUGGAGGUGCUGCUGUCGAGCUGCUCGCGCUGCCCGGGCUGUGCCACGCUGGUGUUCGACGAGGAGCUCAUGGCCGGCUGGACCUCGGACGACUCCAACCUCAACACAAGCUGCCCGUUCUGUUCCCGCUCCUUCGUGCCCUUCCUGAGCAUUGAGAUCCGCGACCUCCGGCGGCCCCCCAGCCCCCCCGGGCCCCCACCGGUGCCCCCGCCCGUGCAGGGGCCAGUUCUCAGUGACCGCCGGCGCUGCCUCGCCCUGGAUGGGCCCGACCCCGACCCCCAAUUGUGCAACGGCUGCACCGAGACCCCGCCCCCAGGUCAAUCCGAGAGGGUGGCCUUUGCCUACCUGAGCCCGCUGGUGCUGCGGAAGGAGCUGGAGAGCCUGGUGGAGAACGAGGGGGGGGAGCUGCUGGCGCAGCCUGAGCUGGUGGACAGUCACCCCAUCAUAUACUGGAACCUGGUGUGGUACUUCCAGCGCCUGGCACUGCCCAGCAACCUGCCCCUGCUGCUGCUGGGCUCCCACCAUGCCCGCCGGCACCCCCAGGCCCAGUCCCCUGAGCCCCCCCGGGUCCGAGUGCGGCUCCUGUGGGACGUCCUGACCCCUGACUCUGAGAGCUGCCCCCCACUCUACGUGCUCUGGAGGCUCCACAGUAACGUACCCCCCCGGCUGCGCCCCUGGGGCCCCCCAGCCCCCCCAUUCUCACUGUCCUUCCUGGAGGCCCUGCUGACCCACGUGGGGCUCAACGAGGUGCACAAGGCCAUCGGGCUCUUCCUCGAGACCCUCGCAGCCCCCGGAGCCCCCCAGACCCUGCACAGGAGCAUCUACCGGGAGCUGCUGUUCCUGACACUGGCGGCACUGGGCCGGGAGCACACGGAUAUUGGCUCAUUUGACCGGCGGUACCGCUCGGCGCUGUCCCGGCUCGGGGGGUCCCUGGGGCGGGACGAGCUGCGGCGGCGCCGGGUGCAGCCCCCCAGCGCCAAGGCCUGUGACUGCAGGAGGAGCUUCGGGCCCCCCCCCGAGUGCUGAGGGGGGGUUACACCUCUGGUACCCCGACAGAUCCCCCUCCGGAGGGAACGGAGCCUUCCAGGGUUCCCCCUGAGUGCUGGGGUUGGGGAGAGACUCCCGGGACCCCUGACGGGUCCCCCCUGAGUGCUGAGGGAGGGUCACACCCCCGGGACCCCUGACAGACCACUCCAGGGGGAACAGAGUCCUCCCUGAGUGCUGGGGAGGGGUGUCACAUCCCCGGGACCCCCAAAGGACCCCCCUGAGUGCUGAUGGGGGAACAGGGACCCCUGGGAUUUGGGGGGGCAGAGGGGGGAGAAGGGACCCCUGGGACCCCCCAACAGAACCUGCCCGAGGAGAGGGAGAGACCCCCGGGACCCUCAAAUUGACCCCCCUGGAGGGAACAGACCCCCCCACAGGCCGCCCCGAGUGAUCCAAGGGGGUUGAAGGGCCCCCCCCCCCCCGAGUGUUAAGAAACGGCCCCCUUGGGGAACGGAACAGGGACCCCCCCAGGGACCCCCAAAGCAGCGGGGAGGAGGAAGGAAGGCCCCCCCCAUCUUACACGGGUUUUAUAUAUCAGUGUUAAUAUAUUUUAAUUUAUUUAUUCACCCCCCCAGCGCCCCCGGGGUUUGAGAGGGAGGGGUGUCAGACAGCCCGAGGGGGCCCUGGGGGUCUGUGCCCCCCCUCUCCCAUUUCUGUCCCGGCCCCCCUCUUCACCUCCGGGGGGUUUGGGGGUCGUGUUCCCCCCUCCCCAAAUGUGUGACUGGAUAGUUGGGGGGGCUCUGGGCGUGUCCCCCCCCCUUCCUCAAUCCCCCGAUCCCCUCUGGACCCCGCUGGGGGGGGUUUGGUGGCCAUUUGGGGGGGGUUUGGGGCCGCCCCCCCCCCCGCACUGUGCAAUAGGAGCCCCCCGCCCCCGGGGCCUGUAAAUAAAAGCUGCUGCGGUAUUUUC